UGUUUUGUUGUUUGCUGUAUUUGUUAGAUGCACUGUAGCUGUUUAUCGGUUAGUUCUCUCUGUCUCGCAUACUCAAUCUCAAAAUCCCUGAGGCUUGUUUUAUUAGAGAUUGAGACACACGCACAGAUCGCAGAGAAGGGAGAAAUGAAAAAAAUACGGCUGCCUGUGGGUUGGUUCGUCGGUACGUUAUACGCCGACGGAGAGGCCGAUUGGCAGGAUCGCAUUAACUCGGGCUUCGAUCGCCUGGUCGCGUUCGCUUCCACGGAGCUGGACAAGCGUAGGCGAUCGACGGAGGGGGUGAACACGAGCCCUGACAGUGGACUGGGCUCGGAUAGCGCGGUGACCGGACCGCCUCCCAUAGCACCGUCGCCCGACGAGGCGCUAGGACCGCCGAGGACUCCGUCCCCGACGAGUCCGCGUCCCGCGAAUCCAUCCAGCGGGAGUCUUCCAAGCGGCGCGUCGUCGUCCUCCUCCUCGGUACCCUUGAAGUAUCAACGACAGCCAGACCCGGAGCGGCAUCACUUCAAGAAGAAGUUCUUUCACCGCGACUGGAACAACUCCGCGAGCACCAGUAAGUUUCGUCCCAAAGGCAAGGAUUGGGAUUGGAACCAUUCCGGACAGUGGCCCUCGAAUGACGAGCAAUCUUAAGGGGAUCCUAAGCUAGCCUAAGUUUCAGUCCUGUUUUAUCGACAAA